AUGUUUUAUGUAUAUCUAGACUACAGUGGACUUUUGAUUUUAUUCUCAUGUCCACUAACAUCACCAUUUAUCUCACCAACACAUUUAAAUGUUUAUAACCUUUUAAAAAUGGUUGAUAAAUCCUGGACAACCUUUGUAAAUGAGUAUCUCAGAGAGGUUGAGAAGAGUAGUUCCAAUGAUUCUACUGACGAUCAGGAUUCUUAUUUAGAAGAUGAAACUAAUGACCCCAAUUCUGUUACAAAAUAUAAAAAGACCUGGUGUACCACAAUAGAACGUACAUUUGGCUACGCUUUCAGGUCAUUUUGUCGGUUCGUGGUUCUAAAGACUCUCAACGAAUCCUCCAUAAAGAAAAAAUAUGAAAUCAGUUCUGAAGAUUUUCUGGACGUGAUAGAUCGCAACUUCAAUUAUGAAGAAACACAUUACUCGUCAUCUCUCCCCAAUUACUACAAAUCUUACCCUAGAUACGCCAGGUGGCACAACAGAAUGGUUAAGGAGAAGAAACUUCUGGGGAAGCGGAAAGGUCGUAACUUGAGCUUUAUUAGGAAAAAACUUUCACAGAAGUUUAAGGCUAAAAGGAAAACAUCUAAAGAAACUCCCGAGCAUUUGCUGAGGUACAAGAUUGUUAAACCCGUAAACGAAUUCCCCAAAGUUUCUUUAUCUGAAGCAUUUGAAUAG